AUGGCUAUCAUACCAUCGAUCCCUGGAGUCCAAGCCCAUGUGAAAGUUAAUGGAAAGCAAGUUAAAGAGUAUGCCGACAGCUCUGAGUGCCAUGAAGAUGAUUCCAUGGUGAGAUACAUCGAGGCCGUUUCAGGUGCCAGGUUCACCAUUCACUGCAAAGUCUGGCAUCCCUACGAUCUUCAAGGACAGGACAUUCGAGCUAGGGUUUGGGUGGAUGGCAAGAGAAUUAAAGGAUGUGUCAUUACACAUGACGAACAUGAAGAAAGGCAGGGCGAGAUGAAUGUGAAAGGAGUCAAGUCAUUCAAAGAUGGGAAAGGAACAAUUGCGCCUAUGGCUUUCUCUGAACUCGAUAUCGACGAGAAUCACAAAGACAUCCCAAGCCGCAAGCUUCACGAGAAAGUCACCUCUGUGGGAACUAUUCGCAUUGAGAUUGAAAGAGGUCAAGCAAAGGUGAAAGCUCGCCGUGAUAGGACCACCACGAUGGAUGAGAUUGGCAAGAUUUCAGAGAAAGCUCUGAAAGGAAAAUCUUUGUCCCACCAGGUCAAACUACAAGCAUCUGAGCCAGCAGCAUAUUCUGACGUGUACAGCUUCGUGCCGGAUAGCGAAGGGGAAAUUGCUACUUUCGUCUUCCGAUACCGCUCCAAGAGUGCACUGCAGGCAGAAGGAAUCAUUCCAAGAACGCCGUCGCCCACGCCGCUUGAAGAACGCCCGCUGGAGGAGCUGAAACCGGAAGAGCUUCGGGAGCUUCUGCGUCGUCACAGGGAACGGGAUGCCGCUGCUUCUGCGGUGAAGCGGGAGUUCAAGACUGAGGACACUGGUGACGACAGCAGGACUGGCAUGGAUCAUGCGCAGUCUGACCUGGAGAUCACUACCGUUAGACGGAUUAAGCGUCCGCGUAUCUCUGGAUCCGUUGAAACUAUCGACCUAACCGAUGACUAA